AUGAUUGGUAAGAUUAUAUGAAAUUCGGAAAUGCGGUGUAAACUCGAGAUUAAGUCCUGGUAAAACAUAAGAUUAGGCUCAGUGUACGAACAAAUGUCUUGGAGUCGUGAUCUUGCAAAGUUUGCUUGUAAACUAAUUAUAACGAAAUCUCCGAAGGGAAGUCGACUUUUUGGCGUAACAGGAAGCGCUCACCCGAGAUUAUGUUUGGUUUCGAAAUUUAUUAUACUCGGGGUGCUGUAGGCUAAAGUACGAAUACAAAAUACAAUAUUAUAACUUAUAGAGCGGUCGGUCGUACUUUUCAUUGAUAACGCAGUUGUACGUUCAAAGUUCAAAUUUAUAAACAAUAGCACAAGUGUUUAUUCAACCCUUUUUAUAUUUUAAAAUCGUUUUUCUUUGAUCUAUAGCAUUAUGAUUUCAGAUCUACGUAAUGUUGAUGUCCCCGGGCCCUCGCAAGAAGCCCACGUCUUCGUCUCACCGAUCCGACGGCCUCAAUCUUCCCGAACCACCUUCUCCGUCGACGCAUCCUCUCCGAUCCCAUCAGCAUCUACUACAACAUCUUUGAACUCAACUUUGCAUCGGUUCUCUCCGAUGUCCCAGAAUAACUCGACUUCUCAACAUUCGAUAAAAGAUCAGAAAACGAGGACAGUUCGGGAUUUCAUAAAACAAAUCAAGUCGUUCAGACACCAGAUCCGGGAAGCUCAAGAGCCUUCGAAUGGGUCUAGAGCAGCUUCGGGAUUGGGGAAUCCAAAACUUUUGAUUAAUGGGACGCCGUUCAGCUGA